UCGCAAUUUACAUUUAUUGAGUGGACGCCAUUUUCCGGCGCGUAAGAACAACGUGAUUUCUGAUUAUUUGUACGUAAGGUAAAGUUACUACAGAAGAACCGAAUAUGGCUUACAAGGGCGGUCAAAAGGUCCAGAAGGUUAUGGUACAACCUAUUAACCUUAUUUUCAGAUAUCUUCAAAAUAGAUCAAGAAUAUCAGUCUGGCUAUAUGAGCAAGUCAAUCUUAGAAUAGAGGGAUGUAUUGUGGGUUUUGACGAGUACAUGAAUUUGGUCUUGGAUGAUGCAGAAGAAGUUCACAUGAAAACAGCAAACAGAAAGAAUUUGGGGAGAAUCAUGUUAAAGGGAGACAACAUCACACUGAUUCAACAAGUGCAGCAAGAAGCAUGAUGAAGUUCAAGUUCAAGAGUAUUCCAUUUAAUUGACUCUGUUGUCUGAGAUACAUCAUCACAUCAUUGAGAUGUAAUAAGAAGUGUGUUGUCAUUGUAAAUAUGUCAUUGCACAACAGUGGACUUGUGAAGAUGGAAGUGAUUACCGGUACUGUGAGGAGGUGUCUUCUUGGGCAUCUCAGCUUCAUAUUUUCAUGAUUCAUGUGCAUCUCACAUGUUAUGAAAAUCACAUUCAUACUUGGGAGGUCAUAUUUUCUAGAGGUUGAAAACUAACAUAGCCUUUACCAAUGACUUUUGUUUUCACUUGUUCAGUUGACUAAAGUACGGUAUAUUGAUUUUGAGGAAAUCUUAACCAAGAAAAUCACAUCUUUUUAAUCAUGGCCUGAUUGAUGUUGUUACACAGGAGUAACUAUUUAAAUCGCUGCCAGUGUUCGAAAUUUAGCAUGAACGUCAAGGAGUCCCAGUAUCUUACCCUAAUGUUAAGAGUUAAUAAUUCAGGUGGGGGUCCCUAGAUUGAAAUACUGCUGGAGCAAAUCUCAAGGUCUAGAACCUUAUGUUACAGUAUGGUGCUCAUAAAUACAAAGUGAUUGUAGUGCAACUGUCUUAAGUGCAGUGUGGUAAGGUACUUCUGUUGUAGUUUGAACCCCUCUACAACGAUAGAAAUUCACACUAGUCCUAUAUGCCUUACAGAAGUGCCCCAUUGUUAAGGUAUAAGGACUAGUAGACAUUUGCCAUUUUUAAGGGUUUUGUAAUAUGUAAUUAUAAUAAGGACUGAAAAUGUUAGUUUCUGUCGCUGCUCUAGGUGAAACUGGAUGCUACACUACUAGACCGGGUGAGAGGAAACUGAUUUUCAGUCCUUAUAUUUGCAGAUCCAUCUUGAGGCCAUCCAUAACUGCCGACUUUUAGAAACAGUUGUUGCUCUUUUAUUGAACUUCAAGCUAAUUUUAUCAUAUGAUGUGAUGUCAGUACAUAACAAUUAUGGGAUGUAACAUUUUGAAUUUUCCACUGAAGCCGUUGACAAUACUGAUAUGAUGCAAUGUCACGGUUCUGUUUCAGUUUCAUGCAGUGUCCGGACAUCCAUUUCGUCUCAAGAUUUUGAGAUAUUGUUUUCAUUGUCGACACUGUGACCCCAUGCAGGGAGUCUCUCUCAUGUCUGAUAAACUGUAACAUGCCACAUCACAUAAACACAUUUUAGAUACAA